UUGUAGUUUUUCGUUCUCCUCUAAUAUGAUAUUUACGGCUGUGUGUGCGCAAUGGAACACCUGCAUACUACGUAGUGUACAUUGUAUACAAAACAAAACAGUAGGCUACGUGAAGCUGUGCACUGUGUAGCGAUACACGUCGUUUCAUUAGCUUGGAGUGGACUAUUAAUAUAUCGAUGAAUGCGUAGUGUACAAAACAACCCUACAUCCCCACAGCACCUACACUACAGCCGCAGUACGAGCGAGUGCGCAGGGUGUGAUUGUGACACAGCCCGGUGUCUCUCAUGUGAUGAAAACACGGAAAACGGAAGAGACGGUCGUGCUCUCGAGGUGAAUCUACAGUCAUCAUGCAGAGUACGGCGAACUACCUGUGGAUGAUGUCGGACCUGCUGGGUCAGGGCGCCACGGCCAACGUGUACCGCGGCCGGCACAAGAAAACGGGCGAUCUGUACGCGGUCAAAGUGUUUAAUAACCUGAGCUUUCUGCGGCCGCUGGAUGUCCAGAUGAGGGAGUUCGAGGUGCUGAAGAAGCUCAAUCACAAGAACAUCGUGAAGCUGUUCGCCGUCGAGGAGGAGUCGAACACGCGUCACAAGGUGUUGGUGAUGGAGUACUGCCCGUGCGGGAGCCUGUACACGGUUCUGGAGGAGCCGACCAACGCAUACGGGCUCCCGGAGGACGAGUUCCUCAUCGUUCUGCAGGACGUGGUGGCGGGAAUGAACCAUCUGCGGGAGUACGGCAUCGUGCACCGAGACAUCAAGCCGGGGAACAUCAUGCGUGUGAUCGGAGAGGACGGCCGGUCCGUGUACAAACUCACAGACUUCGGAGCCGCCCGCGAACUGGAGGACGACGAGCAGUUCGUCUCUCUCUACGGCACCGAGGAGUAUCUGCAUCCUGACAUGUACGAGCGAGCGGUCCUGAGGAAAGAUCACCAGAAGAAGUACGGCGCCACGGUGGAUCUGUGGAGCAUCGGCGUCACCUUCUAUCACGCCGCCACCGGCUGCCUGCCGUUCAGACCCUUCGAGGGCCCGCGCAGGAACAAAGAAGUCAUGUAUAAGAUCAUCACGGAGAAGCCGCCGGGCGCGAUCUCAGGCCAUCAGAAGUUCGAGAACGGGAAGAUCGAGUGGAGCUCCGAGAUGCCGAUCUCCUGCAGCCUCUCCAAGGGUCUUCAGAGUCUCCUCACGCCAGUGCUGGCCAACAUCCUGGAGGCGGAUCAGGAGAAGUGUUGGGGAUUCGACCAGUUCUUCGCCGAGACCAGCGACAUCUUACACCGCAUCGUGGUCUACGUGUUCAGCCUCCAGCAGGCCACGCUACACCACAUCUACAUACACACCUACAACACGGCGAACCUGUUCCAGGAGCUGCUCUUCCGGCGGACCAACAUCGCGCCGUCGCAUCAGGAGUUCCUGUACGAGAGCCGGCGCCUCGUGUUCGACCCCACCCGUCAGGCCCAGAGCUUCCCCAAGUCCUCCCGCGACAAUCCCAUCAUGCUCCUCAGCCGAGACCCCGUCAACACCGUCGGCCUGGUGUUCGAGGACCCCAGCCCUCCGAAAGUGCAGCCGCGCUACGACCUGGACCUGGACGCUAGCUACGCCAAGACGUUCGCGGGGGACGUGGGCUAUCUGUGGAAGACGUCCGACUCGCUGCUGCUGUACCAGGAGCUCGUGAGGAAAGCCGUGCGCGGCCUGAAUGAGCUGAUCAGAGACGAGUACAGCGAGACGACACACAAGAAGACGGAGGUGAUCCACGCGUGUACCUACUGUAGCCAAACACUGGAGAGGACCGAGCAGAUGUGUGAGGUCAUGAUGCAGGGAAACAUGCUGUCGGCGGAGUACGAUGAGAUCCGGGACAUGAGGAAGAAGGUGAUGCGGCUGUCCAGCUCUCUGGGCUCGAUGGAGCAGACGCUGCAGGACAUCAGCACCAUGUUCCUGCCCGGCGGGAGUCUGACCGACACCUGGACGCAGCAAGUGGGAACGCAUCCGGAAGACCGGAAUGUGGAGAAGAUCAAAGUUCUGCUGGACGCCAUCAGCGCCGUUUACCAGCAGUUCAAGAAGGACAAGGCCGAGAGACGUUUGCCCUAUAAUGAAGAACAGAUCCACAAGUUCGACAAACAGAAGCUGGUUCUGCACGCCACUAAAGCGCGGGCGCUCUUCACGGACGAGUGUGCCAUGAAGUAUCGGCUCUUCAUCUCCAAGAGUGAGGAGUGGAUGAAGAAGUUCCAUCACGUCCGUAAGCACCUCUUGUCUCUGACUGGUCAGUUCUCCAGCAUGGAACAGGAAGUGACUCUGAUCCUGCAGCGCUUGUAUAAACUGAUGGAGCAGCUGCCUCAGAAGAUGAUGCCCAUGACGGCCGGAGGACUCAAACCGCAGGCGUAUCUCAGUCCCAGCACUCUGGUGGAGAUGACCCUGGGGAUGAAGAAGCUGAAGGAGGAGAUGGAGGGAGUGGUGAAGGAGCUGGCGGAGAACAACCUGUUCCUGGAGAGGUUUGGCUCGCUGACGGUGGACGGCGCCAUCAGGAACGUGGACCGGAUCUGACCGGAUCUCAGCCCUCUCUGUUGUACAUAUGAAUAGAGUGUAAAUACAGUACACAUGCUGAAACUCUUCUUUAUCUCUUAAAUCUUGUGUUAAUUCUCAAACUAGAGUUGUUAUUAAACACGAAUAAGUGCUUUUACUUUCUGUUCUUAUCAUGAAAAUGAGACCUAGCUCUUCGGUUUGAUCCAUAAACACCUGUGCGCUUCGUGAACGCUCGUGUUCGUCAGGCCGUGAACAAACGUUCGGCUGACAUCAUGGGAACGUCACUAUCGAACCUUCGGAAACGAGUUCAAACAUUAUAAACGUUUCAGAAAAAAACAUUCCAUGAUGGAUGUAUAAAUAAUGUUUUUGUGCUAACGUUGUGGGAACAUUAUUAAAGCCCAGAUAACUCUGAACGAACGUUUGUUCACGAGAGAACGCUCCUGUUCAACGACUAACGUUUCACUGAGACGACUGUUUUCCAUCAGUGUAAAUGAAAACUAUUUAUAGACUUUAAUGUUGUUUUCUGUAAAUGAGGAUUAAAAAAAGAAGAAACCUU